AUGUCCUUCUCCGACCUCACCCGCUCCUACACCACCUUCCCCUCCCUCUCACCCACCUUCACGUCAUCCCCCCGUCCCUCGCCCAUCUCGCCCUCUUCGACUGCACAGACGGGCGCGAGCAACAUCCCGGGGUAUAGCAUCGCGGCGGGGGAGACGACGCGUGCGCCCAGUGCGAGUGCGGUCGUGGGGUCGGCGAGUGCGGCACAGGGAGGAGGGAGGGUGGAUGAGGGAUUGGCGCUCGGGUUGGGACUCGGGUUGGGACUUGCGGCGCUGGUUGCUGUGCUCGCCGCCGUCUUCGUUGUUCGCCAACGCAAGGCGCAGAGGGAGGAAUUCGACAGGCGCGCCGAGGGGAUCAAGGCUACGAUGAGCCAGGUGCAGGAGAGGGAGAGGGAGCGGCAGUAG